AGAUUACCACGCUACAUAUAAGAUGGAUUACUCUUACACUGCUAUUAUGUUGGGCCCAAUCGGGGUGUUUGUCGCAUUAGCAGCUUACAAACUCGGUGUUUUUACUACAGUCAAAGUUUCCGUGGGCAAACCAAACUUAGGCAAAGCUUGGGUGGCUUAUAAAUACUACAAGGGCGACUUCAAGGAAUGCGGGAAACAUUUUCCUCAAACAGUGAAGGAUUUCCCUAACUUACCAUGCGUUGGAAUCUGCUACGAUUAUGAUGCUACGCAAAAGAUUGGUAAAGGAUACAUCGUUGGCGCGAUAAUAUCCGAACAACAACCCCCACCACCCCAUGUUAUUGAAUCCGUGGAACUUCUUAAAUAUGAAGUGAUCGAACUUCCCGAGAUACAAAGUUCGGUCAACGCUCAAUUUCCUUUCUAUGAGAAGGUGGCAAUGUUGUCGGCAAUAUUGGGCGCCAUGAAAGUCUACUCGACUGUGGACAAAUUUGCAAUCAGAAAUUCUUUGAAAAUCUUUCCUGGUAUUGAAAUAUAUCGGGACAACGCAAUACAUUAUAUGUUUCCUUUGAGCCAGAAUUGGGAUUUCUUUGUCCCGGAAGCACGACAGUGAUUAUGUUUACAAACAAAUUGAACAUUAUGUUGAACCUUUUAUUAAUAUUAUGUACUUACUAAUUACAAUGUGUUUUUGUUACCUAACAUUCCUGUAUUAUUAACACUUGCCAAGUUUUUGACUCAUUAUUCAACUUCUUUUGUAUUUGUACAUAUUCUGUUUCAUGUAUUAACUGGUUGUUUAUUUCAUGGUUUCAAUUCAACUUAUGCACUGAAUGUUCGUGAAUAAAUAUUGAUCGUGUAUGAAGUAAA